GCCUCCUGCCAAAGCUUAACAAUUUCCUUAGUUGAUUUUUGAGCAACUUGUAAAUUGAUAACAAGUCAAAAACAAAAAACAAAGACAAAAGGGAAAUGAGCAGACAUUGAUUUGUCUGAAAGACGACUUGAACAACUCCAUCAACACAAAGGAUGAGUUCUGAUCCACGGUGGAGAUUGCUCCGAACAGAAAUCUCCUUCAUCUUCCUCCUCUUCUUUCUUCAUCACAAUCUCACGUUUGGACUAUGUUUCAGCACCGAAGCAUUUGCCUUGAUGAAAUUCAAACAGAGAAUUGAGAUAGACCCAUUUGGAGCUCUGAUGUAUUGGGGAGAGCUUCAUCAUUGUUCUUGGUCUGGUGUUGUAUGUUCACAUGAUGGAAGAGUUGUCAUCUUAAAUCUACAAGAUCUCUCCCUUCAAGGAACACUUGCACCUGAGCUCGGAAACCUAACUCACUUAAAAUCUCUUAUUCUGAGAAACAACUCAUUUUCCGGAAAAGUACCUAAAGAGGUAGCAGAAUUGCAGGAGCUUGAGGUUUUGGAUUUGUGUGAUAACAACUUUCGCGAACCGUUUCCCUUCAGCUCCAAUGGUCGUAAGCUGCUUCAGAUAGCUCCUCCUGGCGAAGAUCCAGUCUUGAGUAAAUCUCCUCCCCCUCCUCCGUUACCUUCUGCUCCUCCUCCUCCUCCUCCUGUAUCCACCGCCGAUAUUAUUUUCGCUCCUCCUCCUCCUCCGUUGAGUAGAGAUAUAACCCCUCCUACUGGUUCCCCAGCAGUUCUCCCUCCUCCAGCAUUUCUCCUUCCGCCGGCUCAGCCCCCACCACUUCCCCCUCCAGCAGCUCAGCCCCCACCAGCAGCUCAGCCCCCACCAGUUUCCCCUCUAGCUCUGCCACCAGCUCCGCACCCUGCUUCCAAGAAAAAGAAUCCCGUAAUUUUUAUAAUAGUCGGAGUGUUAGCAGGUGUAUUAGGCGUCAUGGGAGCAGUGGUGGCCUUCUUUCUUCUCUGGAAGCAAAAUGUAAUAAUGAUAAAGCCAUGGACAACUAGGAGCAUUGUCCACCUUCAAGAUGUUGAUAUUACAGGCGUUCCUAAGCUGAAGCUAUCAGAACUAGAAACUGCUUGUGAAGAUUUCAGUAACAUCAUAGGCUCCACAUCCUCAAACGCCACAAUUUACAAAGGAACUCUCUCAACCGGCACUGAAAUUGCCGUUCUAUCUGUCGCAUCUGGAUCCCUCCAUGACUGGUCAGCGGAUCUCGAAACGCAGUUCCGACAGAAGAUACAGAGGUUAUCACAAGUUGACCACAAGAACUUUCUGAAUGUAAUCGGAUAUUGCCGUGAAGACGAGCCUUUCAACCGGAUGCUGGUUUUCGAGUACGCUCCUUUCGGAUCACUCUCUGAGCAUUUGCACGAGAAAGAGGCAGAGCACUUGGACUGGUCAAAGAGACUGAGAAUCACAAUGGGAAUAGCUUACUGUGCAGAACACAUGCAGAAUCUAAACCCUAAACCCAUCUCCCACGUAAACCUCAACUCCUCUUCAGUCUACUUGACAACAGAUUUCGCAGCCAAAGUCGCUGACUUCACGUUCCUCAACUCCACACCAAUCCAUCCCCAGACCAACUAUGUCUAUAGCUUUGGCAUCAUUCUGUACGAGGUCAUCACCGGGAAGGUCCCGGACCCGUUUAAUCCCAUCAAGGAAAACAAACCGGCGAGAGAACUUGUGGAUCCGACCCUGAGAAGCUUCGACGAGAGUGUCCUGCAUAAAUUGUGGGAGGUGGUGAUGGACUGUUUGAAUCAGAGCCCUGACAUGAAGGAAGUGGUGGCUAAGCUGAGUGAGAUCACAGGAAUCACGGAGGAUGAAGCAUUGCCAAAGCCAUCUUGGUGGGCGGAGCUGGAGAUUAUAACCACUGAGGGAACCUAAAGUGUGUUACCUUUUAGUAUAUAUGCAUAGUAAAGCAAUAUGCUUCAUCUCUGUUUUUGUGUGAUCAACAUUUUGUUUUUCAUCUUUCAUGAUUGGGUAUCAACUAUCAUCAACAUGUCGUAUACCAAAGAUGAUUUCUUACUUUUUGGAUCGUUUUAGAUGAUACCUUGAGAGACAGUCCAAAGGUUCUAAAUGACAUGAAGUUGAACUGUUGGUUUAGAAACUGAUCUGUA